AUGUCUGGGAGGGCCGACUUGUGUGCGUUCAGGAUAGGCAUCGAAGAGGGGAUGUCUCCGAACUGGGUUGCGAACCGGGCAGCUAAUGUUGACGAUUCGGCCCACAAGUUGGUCCCCGCCCACGCAAUGGGGGCGAACCAAGCGAUUGAAUCGUCGGAUCGCCAGUCAUCGGAGGAUUCCCUCUGCCGGAAAAGGGCCAAACCUGUCAGGAAACGCUGCGUCAGUUCCAACGGCAAAGGCGAAGGAGAGCGAGAGAGGGCCAGUCAAGGCAGAGCAACGGGUGGUCAGCCAAUUACCAGGUAG